CAGACACACUGAAACUUGACUGGCAUGAGUGACAUCAUGACCAACAACAUGUCAGUGAACUGCAGUAAAGAGUUCGACCACGUGGAUGGAGUGAUGAAAGUUUUGGAGCUGGUCUUCUAUAUUCCUAUAUUUGUCGUCGGUCUGAUUCUCAAUAUUGCAGCGCUGGUGGUGUUCUGCGGCCUUCUGCGAAAAAAGACUGAAUCUGCUAUUUCUGCUAUCUACAUGAUAAACUUGGCUUUGAUGGACUUGGUUCUCCUGUUGAUUCUUCCCUUCAAAAUGCAUGCCACUAAUCACAAGUGGCCCGCCAGCUUCCACGGACUGUGUUCAAUUUUGGAAGGGCUUUAUUUUUAUGGGAUAUAUGGAAGCAUAUACAUCAUUAUGUGUAUAGCUGUAGAUAGAUGGGUGGCUAUCUGUCAUCCGUUUAAAUCCAAGCAGUUGCGUUCACCCAAAGCAGCUAUGGCGACUUGUAUGGCCGUGUGGAUGCUUGUGUCUGCAUCAGUCAUUCCAGUCAUCUGGAACUUCAGGAAAAGCAAGAGCAACACAUUUCAUUGUUUCCACGAGUUUUCACCGGAAGGCUGGAAACCUCUGAUCAUCAUCAGUGUGCAGGUGUUUGGGUUCAUUGUGCCUGCACUGGUGGUGGUUUUCUGUUCAGUUCAGAUCAUCUGGACACUUCAGCAGUCUGGCCAGCACAGCCCACAGAGCCGGGCCUGUGUGAAGAUCAUCUACAGCGGGCUGUGCGCGUUCCUGGUGCCUUUCACUCCGAGCCACCUAGCCAUCUUCCUGCAAUUUCUGGUGCAUCAAGGAGCAUUUCAGGACUGUGGCACCAAGGCCAAUCUCAGCCUGUUCAUACAGAUUGCUAUGUGCCUGUCAAACAUCACCUGCUGUCUGGACGCCAUGUGCUACUACUUUAUUGCCCAUGAAGUGAGGAACACCAGACACAGCUUAAGGAUGUCAAUACUGAGCCAAAGGAGAGCCACCAACAGCACUUCUGAACGGGAGAGAGGCGAGUCAAGUUGAGACAAAAACUGUCCCUAGAGGAUCACUGAUGUGAUGUUAUGUUGUGUUAAUAUAGCAAAACGAGGCUAAAACCUUGUUUUGUAUCAGAGCAGUAAAG